UUUGUCUUCAAGCUUUUCCCCCGAAACGGCCUGCGUUUGAAGUGAAUCACCACAAUGAAUACCUACAGAACCGUUUUAUCUUUAUGUGCUCUGGCCAUUCUGAAUCUGGACGUGUGUCUGGUUACAGAAGCCUUGCAGUACGGAGAUCAGGAUAAGCCUUCUAAUAAGACAGAUGUUGAGGGCUAUUUGAGACGCUAUGGCUAUUUGACUGAAAGAUCUUAUAGUUCUGCAUCCUUAGGAGAAAUGGCCGACGCUCUCAAGAAGUUUCAAGAUUUUCUUCAACUUAACGUCACGGGGCAAGUUGACCAAGCUACAUUAAAGGUUAUGUCAAUGCCUCGUUGUGGUGUCUCUGAUGUUAUGAACACAGAACAUUCAAAAGUGGUGAAAUGGAAUAUAACUCGAUUGACAUACAAAUUCAUAAAGUACUCACAAAAAAUAUCUCAGAAUGAUGCCAGGAAUUCAGUGAAGCUAAAACUUAAUGUUAUAAAUUUUUAUUUUUUAGUUGGAGUCUUAGCCCACGCCUUUUUCCCCAUUCCCCGCCCAAUAGGCGGUGAUACUCACUUUGAUGAUGACGAAGCAUGGACCAUAGGUGGUGGAAAAGGAGUUGAUUUAUUCUACAUAGCUACGCAUGAAUUUGGUCAUGCCCUUGGUCUACCCCAUUCGGGAAACAAAGAGUCAGUGAUGAAGCCGUACUAUGCGGGUUACAUACCAAACUUGAAACUCCAUUCUGAUGAUGUAAAAGAAAUUCAGAAAAGAUAUGGUAAGUAA